AAAGCGCCUUGUCGUACCUUGCUCUCUGUGUUUUUCUUUUUCCUUGGAGCUUUGUAGCUAGUGUUCGCUAUGCCAGAGCCUGCGAAGUCCGCUCCCGCCCCGAAAAAGGGCUCCAAGAAGGCGGUAACUAAGGCUCAGAAGAAGGACGGCAAAAAGCGCAAGCGCAGCCGCAAGGAGAGUUAUUCCAUCUAUGUGUACAAGGUGCUGAAGCAGGUCCACCCUGACACCGGCAUUUCAUCCAAGGCCAUGGGCAUCAUGAAUUCGUUUGUGAACGACAUUUUCGAGCGCAUUGCUGGUGAGGCUUCCCGCCUGGCGCAUUACAACAAGCGCUCGACCAUCACCUCCAGGGAGAUCCAGACGGCUGUGCGCCUGCUGCUACCCGGGGAGUUGGCCAAGCACGCCGUGUCCGAGGGCACCAAGGCCGUCACCAAGUACACCAGCGCUAAGUAAACAACUCCCUCAUCUGUCAGUGUGGGUGCGGAUAAUGAAACAAAAUGGGCAAGAUGUUGGUAACUGUUGAAGCCUCUGCGACGAGCCUUGGGAAGUGCAGGAUUCUCUGUAUUUGUGUCUACUUCGGGAUGUCCAUGACCACUCCCUUUCCCCUCCAAAAAAAAAGUUAAAAAAAAAAAAAAAAAAAAAAAGCUGGCCACAUCAGUGAACGUAUUUCUUUUUUGGUCAACAAAGGGCUACCCUGAGAGGAAUCUACAUGCAGAAAAGUUCAGGCGACUGAACUAACGAAACGCUGCCGUUGGCACAGAGAGGAGUUCUCCGGGCCGCACCUCCUCUGUCCCGCAGGCGAAUUGAGAAGCGCUAUCGCCAUCUUGUGGCGAUAAUGGAUAGGACAAUGUAGCUAAAACUUUGUUUCGUUUUAUGAUUUCGAUUAGGUAUUUCAUUGCUACGGUUUAAUAAUUGAAUAUGCAAAAAAUACUAUAAACCAUCCCAUCCCCAACAGUCCCCAGCCGCCCAGUUCCCUCAUCUACUUGGCAACGAUUCUCUUUUUGACCAAACUCUAGGUGGAUUCUUCUGAGCCCUCUUCUGGACUAGGUGGCCACCUUGGCCUAUAAAGACCUGAACAAACCCGAACGUAGUUUCUAAUAGGCCCGAUCUCCUCAAGUGCCUGCCGGAGAAAACUCAAUUGAUGCCGCCAAAGGAAUUUACCAUUUGUUUCAGUCAACGUCUGAAGAUAGGACCCUCGUCUCCCAGGCUUUGUGGAGCCUGAUUUUGAUAUGUGCCAGUUAUGAAACCCAGAUGGUUUCCCACUGUCAGUGGUUACUAAAUAAAAUCUGUUUUUGUCAUUUAAACUAA